AUGUCACCCUCUCUAGAAUUCUACGACAAGGUCUCGGAUGAUCUUCCGAUCAAGCCAGUAGCAACCAAGAUCCAUGGUGUGGCCGGCGUUGCUGCUGUAGAGCUCGAUCAAUCGGACAAACACGAUCUUGUACUCAAAUACUUCCGUGCAUACAUCGCAGACCUUUGUCAGCAGUUCAAUGGCGGUCAUCCAGGCUCUGCCAUGGGCAUGGCUGCUAUCGGUGUCGCGCUAUACAAAUAUGUCAUGAAGUUUUCACCGAAGAAUGGCAACUACUUCAAUCGCGACCGUUUUGUUCUCUCCAAUGGCCAUGCUUGCUUGUGGCAAUACCUCUUUAUGCACCUUGUUGGUGUCGAAAGCAUGACUGCCGAGCAGCUAAAAUCCUAUCACAGCUCUCGGUACGAUUCCAUCUGCCCAGGGCACCCUGAGAUCGAAAACGAGGGAGUCGAAGUCACAACAGGUCCUCUUGGUCAAGGUGUUGCCAACGCAGUCGGUCUUGCCAUGGCCACGAAGAACCUUGCUGCCACAUACAACCGCGAUGAGCACACAGUUGUCGACAACAUGACCUGGUGUAUGAUCGGCGAUGCAUGCCUUCAAGAAGGUGUAGGUCUUGAGGCUGUGUCACUAGCAGGCCACUGGAAGCUCAACAAUCUCUGUAUUAUCUAUGACAACAACAACAUUACGUGCGAUGGUACCGCUGAUGUCGCAAAUGCUGGGGAGGACAUGAACGAGAAGAUGAAGGCGACUGGCUGGAACGUUGUUGAUAUCCUCGAUGGCCAUUCAAACGUCAGCAGCAUCGUUCAUGCACUGCUAAAUGCCCGAAGUAGCGACAAGCCUACAUUCAUCAAUAUUCGCACCGUCAUUGGCUUCGGCUCAGGCAAGGCAGGAACACCUGCGACCCACGGUGCUGCGCUCGGCCUGGACGAUAUCGUAAACAUCAAGAAGUCAUUCGGCCUGAACCCAGAUGAACAUUACGUUCUUCCAUCGGAGAUGUACAGCUUCUUUGAAGACGUAGCCCCUCGUGGCAAGCGACUUGAAGCCGACUGGUCUGCCACUAUCGGCGACUACGAGAAGAAGUACCCGGAGCUCGCAGCAGAGUUCAAGCUCCGUGUUGCGGGUAAGAUGCCCGCUGAUUGGACCAAGUACAUUCCACAGAGAGAGCAACUGCCUAGUGAGCCGACUGCAACACGUAGGUCUGCUGGACUGGUUGGUAACCCUCUCGGUGAGAACAUGGGCAACUUCCUUGUUGGUACUGCGGACCUUACGCCGUCCUGUAAUGUUGCCUAUCGGAAGAAGGUCGAUUUUCAGUCGCCAGAGCUGAAGACUGCAUGUGGUCUAAACGGGGAUUACACCGGACGAUACAUACAUUACGGCAUUCGCGAGCACGCUAUGUGUGCUAUAUCCAAUGGUCUCGCAGCAUUCAACAAAGGCACCUUCCUUCCAAUCACAUCGUCGUUCUUUAUGUUCUACCUCUAUGCAGCACCAGCUGUUCGUAUGGGCGCGUUGCAAGGAUUACAGCAAAUCCACAUCGCGACACAUGACUCGAUUGGUACAGGAGAGGACGGCCCUACACAUCAGCCUAUCGCUCUUGCCGCACUUUACCGUGCCAUGCCCAACCUACUCUACAUGCGUCCUUGCGAUUCUGAAGAAGUGGCUGGUGCUUUUGAGGUUGCCAUCAAGGCCAAUGAGACACCUAGCAUCAUCUCUCUAUCUCGCCAAGCUCUGCCACAGUGGAAGCAAUCAUCGCGGUCAGGCUUUGCUAAGGGUGCCUAUGUAUUUGUGGAAGAGGAAGAGUUCGACGUUACCCUCAUCAGUACUGGAUCCGAAAUGGUCUUCGCUAUGCAGACGCGCGACCUUCUCAACUCCGAACAUGGCAUAACAGCCCGGGUCGUGUCCUUCCCUUGCCCACGCUUGUUUGAACAGCAGACUCGUGAUUACAAGCAGUCUGUUUUGAAGCCUAAAGCUGGCAAGCCUACUGUCGUCAUCGAGGCUUACGCAGCAAAUGGCUGGGAACGCUAUGCCGAUGCCGCCAUCUCGAUGCGCCGCUUUGGCAAGAGCUUGCCGAGCAAGACCGCGUAUGAGUACUUUGGUUUUCAGCCUUCUGUUAUGACACUAAAGAUCAAGGAUUUGGUUGAAGAAGUCAAGCGUGAUGGAAUCGAGAUCCUGAGGGGCGACUUCCGGGACCUCAAUGGUGCACUAGGUAUCGGUUUCGAGCAUUGA